GAUUUCUAUUGCUGCAAAGAACAAAAAAAGGGAGACGAAUGUGGUGUGUGUGUGUAUUGUUUGUGACGGAGCAGAAUGCGCUAGCAAUAACAAUGAAAAACAAUUUUCCAUUCGAGAGCUCUUUCUUAGUGCUUGCACUGUGGUGUGUGAUACUGCGAGUGAACGAAAGUAAAAAAUAACGCGAUAAUUGGCUAAGGAAACUAAAAACAGCUUUGGUUACGCUUGAGAGGGGGAAGUGAGGGAUUGCCAUCUUGCUGCAGUUGCUUCGGCUCUGAAAAACUCAUAAACCCCGUCAGUGGUAUCAUCGCAUCAGCAGAGCAUUAGUCAUACCCAACAAGGUGUGUAUGUGUGUGGGUGUGCGUACGUGUAUGUGUUUUGAAGAAGGGGCCAGAUUUCUAAGCACACAGUCGGUCGUUCUACUAGCCGUUCUACACCCCGAUACGAUCCCAGCGCACCAGCCAGUAAUUUGAUCCUCCGCGAGUGUGGCGUGUGCGUCUGGCCGUCACCCGGUGCAUUGCUAGGGCUUUUGUGGACCGGCCGCGAACUGCCCUCGGAGAGCCGGGACAGAUAGGAGACAGCAACCGCAGUCUCACAGUAUUGAGCCCUUUUUUGUUUUAGCUUUCUAUUAGACGGAACAGUUCACUGAACUGCGCCUGAGCGACAAUGCCGAUCCUGUACAGCAUGGUGUCGCGGGGCCAAACCGUGCUGGCCCGGUACGCGGACUGCAUCGGUAAUUUUACCGAGGUGACCGAACAAAUCAUCCCGAAGAUACAGCUGAUCGAUCACAAGCUUACCUACUUGCACGGCAACUAUCUGAUACAUUACAUCUGCGACAACCGGGUCAUCUAUAUGUGCAUCACGGACGACCGCUUCGAUCGAUCCCGUGCCUUCCUCUUUCUGCAAGACAUCAACGAGCGGUUCAUCUGCAUGUACGGGCUGACCGUGGCGACCGCGAUUUCGUACGCGAUGAACACCGAGUUCGCCCGUACGCUCGCCGCCCAGAUGCGCCAGUUCAACGAGGGCCAGGAGCAGGACGCGAUCAGCCGCGUCAAUGGCGAGAUUGACGAGCUGAAGGACAUCAUGGUGAAGAACAUCGAAAACAUCACCAACCGCGGCGAACGGCUCGAGCUGCUCGUCAACCAGACGGAAAAUCUCCGCAACAAUUCUGUGACAUUCCGGCAAACGUCGCGCAAUCUGGCGCGCACCAUGUUCUGGCGUAACGUGCGCAUGUACUUUCUCGUCGCCGCCAUACUGCUGUUCGUGAUCUACGUGAUCGUGAGCAUGGCCUGCGGUGGGUUGCUGUGGCAGAGCUGCAUCCACUCGUCGCCCGCACCGAAGGGGCCACCGAACGGUGGGGGGUUGUAAUUUGUGUGUUGACCGCCAAUGAGCGCGCGCAGGCGGAUGGUGGUGGUGGUGGUUGCAGGAUUAAAGUGAUGAACGGGAAUUAGUAGACAGGUUAUCUUAACGCUUUACAGCUCAGCAGAACAGAGUUUCGUUCGAGCAGCAGAACACUCACGCAGACACACGGAGAAACAAGAAUGGAACAUGAGUUUAUUAUUAUUAUUUUUUUUUUUUUGAGCUUCGUUUCGUGUAGUGUUUUGGUUUCCAAUUUUUGUUGUUGUUGCAGUAGAAUCGGGGCUCUUGACGUGAUAUAGUGCUCAUUGACAUCGUGAUUGGCAAGGGCUUUGGUGUAUCGUUUGUUCAAAGUUUAUAUUGAUAAAAAAAGAAAACAAAAACAAAGGAAAGGAAUGGAAGUGGAACACAUUUUUAAUCCCAGCUCUAGUGACGCACGCUACAGUGCGGCACAGUGGUUUGAAUUUAUUUAGUUUUAAAAAAACACGAAAGAUGUAGUUACGAGGGGUAUCAGAAUCAAGGGUAUCGUGAGUACGGGUGAGCGUGUCGUGAGUCGUUGUGUCGUUUCCGGUGUUGCUUCUUCAUUUCUUUCCAAAAACGGCCGGUUAGAAGAGGACGACGCGAAAGAGAGAAAAAGCCCAUCAGUAGCUAAAUCCUUUUCACAUUGCUUUGCUUUCUUUUCAUGUAUUGUGCUUUUUGCUUCGGUUUAGCGAUGUGACUUUAAUGCUUAAUUAAUUACCAAAAACCCCGAAACAUGGUACGGCAAGCUGCUGGGGUUUGUGGUAGGGGGUUGUUUUUUUGAUCACGUAUUUUUGGCAAAUUGUUAGUUCUACAUCAUUUAACUUUAAGCACUGAGACGAGCAGAAUAAUUUGAAGAGUGAAUGCGAACGAACAAAUCCUUGCGGAAAAGUGAUUAGCUCUGCGUUGUUGUGCCGUUGGUCUGUUGAAAUCAUCUUACGAUAUGUACUGAUACGGUGCCCAGAAGCGAGCGAGCGAAAUAACGCGUGUUGUUUUGGAUAGAAUACAAUACUGAAGAAACGAUCUGAGAAUUUUAAGCAGUAACAAAAACGAUAAUAUAUAUAUACAUAUACAUAUAAA